UUUAGUGGGGCCAAUACCCAAUUGCCCUUUUAAAUGUCUUCUUCUUCAUCUGCUAUGCUUGCCCAAAAUUUUUAUUCCAAGACAAGGAAAUACCAAAAAUAACGCACACCCAAUAGCAUUGUCUGUAUCCGUGUUAACCUCCGCGUAGAUCCUAAGAGCUCGUGGUUUUGGUCCGUUCGAUCGCACGUUCACUAUUUCUCCACCACGUUGGAAUUGCACAGCUCUCUACGUCACAACGGUUGCUUGCAAAACCAGUGUGUUUAACGGCCGAUUGGUUUCCUGAGCUUCGAACUCCAGAUCUCAGGUCUGCGAAAUUUCACGAGGAAUACAAAGUACAGAGAGAGGUGGAGGAUUUGAGCUUUCUGGGUGUUUAAGAAGAGAGCUGUCGGAAUUAACAGAAACUAUGGUGUAAUGUGUUAAGAAAUGUGAGACGAAGUUAACCAUGGCUAAUCAUAAUGCUAGUAGCAGUAGCGCGGCGAAUACACUGAAUGCUGCUGCAACUGCUAUCAGUUCGGCUGACCCUCGAUACCCAACUCCGGAACGGCAUGGAAGAUGGAAGAUAGGUUGUUGGAAAGGAUUAUCAUGUUUUGGAUCACAGAAACGAGCAUGUCGGAUUGUGCCAGCAUCACGUACUCCAGAAGGAAAUACAUCAGCUAAUCGAGCAAAUGGAGCUCAAUUAGCUGGUGUUGCUAAUCAAUCCACAGGUUUGAAUCCAUCGUUACUGGCACCUCCCUCUUCCCCAGCUUCAUUUACAAACUCAGGCAAUCCUUCUUCUGUUCAGUCACCAAAUGUUUUCUUGUCUCUGUCUGCCAAUGUUUGUUCACCUGGUGGACCAACAUCAACCAUGUUUGCCACAGGACCAUAUGCACAUGAGACUCAACUGGUAUCACCUCCUGUUUUCUCAACAUUUACUACCGAACCUUCAACUGCUCCAUUAACUCCCCCACCCGAAUUAGCUCAUCUUACGACUCCAUCAUCCCCGGAUGUGCCUUUUGCUCAAUUACUUGCAUCUUCAUUAGAUGUUAAAACUGCCAAUAAGGAGAAUGGUGUGACUUUUUCAUGUUCUCCUUAUACAGCAUCAGGUUAUGUUGCUACAAGUGAUCUUCAAGCUGCAUACCAACUAUAUCCUGGGAGUCCUGCUAGUCAACUAGUAUCACCAAAACCGGGAGUUUCUGGUUCUGGUUCACCAUUUCCUGAACUUGAGUAUCCUGGACAUUGGAAUGCUGGUCAAGAUACCUUAUACAAGUAUGAGCCAUCCAAGUUUUACCAUGACGUGCCCUCCCCUAGAAGUUUUGUGUUGUCACAAGAUUCAAGUCAUUUUGACUCUACCAAGUCGGCAGGGUUAUGCUUGGAUCAGUCUCAGCCAACAUGUCAGUCUGGGGGAAAACAGUUUGUCUCUUCCCAAGAAACAGAUGAUUUCUGUGAUAAUGGUGAAAAUGCACAACAGAAUUGGCACAUGGAACCCAAUAAACAAGACAUGGAACAGAUUGAAGCAUAUAGGGCAUCAUUUGGAUUCAGUGCCGAUGAAGUUACAACUUCUAAUCGUGAUGUUACAGAAGUUCUAGGGGACAGCCUAGGGGACAGUCAUUUUGGGGCACAGAAAUCAGAUGGUGUAGAAUUUGCUGCCUUUGACAGGAGAAAUAUGAAGACUGAAACACAGUUGAUAAGUGGAGCUUUAUUUGACUCUGGAUAUGGAGUUUUAUUGAUGGAUCAUAAAGGACACAAUCUAGAGGCACAAAGCAUGGCUAAUACAGCUAACUCAAAACAUAAUUGGCAAUUAGGAGGAAACGAGGCUAACUAUGCAAGUGAAACAAAAGAUUGUGCUGAAGUUGAUAUACUGGACAAGUUUUCAAGGUUUGGGGAGUUCAAAUUUGAUGAAAAAGUUGGGACAGAUGCAUCAAGUUCAAUUAUAGAGAAGUGGACAAGAUAUAAAGAAAAAAGAACUGCAGAGAAUGGACUAAGAGAUCAUGAUUUUUUUCGUAUGAAGCAACCACAAGAGCUUAAAGGAGGGAGGCUGUCAUAGAAUCUUUUCUGAAAGAAACAUCCUGUGUAUUCUCUUCCUGUCUUCUUCUGAAGUACUGAAAACUAUUUUCUUUUGUUGGUAAUGAUACAGAGAAAAUAUGAGAAGCUAGGAACAUGUACUUAUUGUCUAGAUGGUGUACUGCAAAUAGGAUUACUUUUCCAAAAAAUUACUGUUCUGUAUUGGGCUUAAGCAAGAGUUUUAAUCAGCUGUUUAAGUCUCCUGGAUGUGUUGGACUAAUGUAAACAAAGACAGAUUAGGUGUGUACAAUAAGUUCUGGGUAUUUCCUUCUCUUCAGCAGUCAUAAUUAAGCUAUAUUUUAAACAGAAAGUUGUGGCUUAACUCAUGAGUCUAUCUCUGCAAAGCUCUAUGAUGGCAUAUUUCAUAAUAGCAAUUGUCAAAUGGUUACCAA